AUGUCCGCCGAAGAAGUCAAGGCAGCAAACGGCAACGCCGACGCCGCGAAAGACGCCCAGGACCUCCUCGCCGAAUUGAAGGGAGACGCAGAGAAGAAGACCGAAACUGAGGCCCCUGCUGAAGAAGACGAAGCUGCCAAGGAAGCUCGUAUCAUCGCAGAAGCAACCAAGCUCGGCAAAGAACAAGCCGAACAAGAAUCGAAGGGAGAGAAGAAGCCAGCGGAGAGACCCAGACGUAACUACCGCGAAAAUAUUAAGUCCGAUUUCACUGCCCAAGAGGUGACUGAUAAUCACGAUGAGAUCAGGAAACAGGUUGAAUUUUAUUUCUCAGACUCCAAUCUCCCCAUGGACAACUUCCUUCUCAAGAAGGUCGGCGGAAGUGCCAACCACGCCGUUGAGCUUUCUAUCCUUCACAGCUUCAAGCGAAUGCGCCGCUUCCAGCCUUUCAGCGCCAUUGUUGAGGCUAUGAAGACCUCCACCGUCCUCGACCUCGUUGAUAACGAUACCAAAGUUCAGCGCAAAGUGCCUCUGCCUGAAUCUGUGAACGACUUCCUCGACCCCAAUGUUGUCAAGGUAUUCGAAAACGAGGCUAUGAGUCGCAGCGUUUAUGUCAAGGGAUUCGGUGAAGAAGGCCCCAAGACACAGUUUGAGAUCGAGGCAUUCUUUGCUCCUUUCGGACCCACAAAAGCCAUCCGUCUUCGUCGUGCCUUUGAUAAGACCUUCAAGGGAAGUGUUUUUGUUGAGUUCGAUACAGAGGAAACCCAGAAGAAAUUCCUCGCAUUGGAUCCUGCCCCCAAGUGGAACGGCCAGGACUUGAUCAUUAAGAGCAAGAAAGACUAUUGUGAUGAGAAGGUCAAAGACAUCAAAUCUGGCAAGAUAAAAGCAACCAACCGUACUGGUGGUCACCAUGGCGGCCGAGGUGGUCGCGGUGGCCGGGGUGGCCGUGGCCGAGGUCGUGGACGGGGUGGUCGUGGUGAUAAUGACCGUCGCGACUGGCGGGAUCGCCGUGACGAGGACCAGAAGAGAGGUUUCCGUGAAGACAGACCGGCUGUUCAGAAAGAUGCUCGGGGCAUUCCCGUCAUCAAGAGCACUGAGGAGCCCGCCUCCGGCCAGAAGCGCGCUCGUGAGGAUGCCAAUGGCACCUCCGAACAUACUGCUAAGAAGGUUGAUGUCAAGGAAGGUUGA